AUGAGUGUCGACCCGUUCAACGUGUACGUCGCUCGGGAAUCCCUGGCGGGUGCGCUCAGGAAGCAGCCGAAGGUCUCGCGCUCGGACGAGAUCCGCACCUAUAGCUUCUCUCUUCCCCGGUCUCUGCGCAAUCACAACUUCUUGCGUUUGCGGCUGCUCCGGGGUCUUUAUCCUCGCCUGCCCGUUGGGAGAUCUUCAUUGUCUUCCGCCACUCGGUCUCUGUUCCAGAACAACCCCGUCGAACAUUCCUGUUCGACUGGUCAGAACCCACGAGACGAAGGACCGCUCGGCCAGUCGACUACCAAGAGCCUCCCACGUGCACAUGGCAAGAUGAUCGUCUCGAACAAGGACUAUGCCGCGAAAGAACUCGACGCUUCUACUCGCGUCGCGAUGCUUGCGAAGGACAACACCCCGUGCACGCUCACUGCUCAGCCGAAAAGCACAAGGAGGGCUAGGGUCAUCUCGCACGCCGCGUCGGAGUUCCAGGCACACUCUAAUGUGUCCAACGAGUACCGCAGAAGCUCCAGAGUCCUCAACAAGGCCCCACCCGACGCGAUGGAUGUCGAUCCCCCAUCUCCACACAACGGCCCGACGACGAAGGACAGCACACAGCUCACGGUUCCGGUCUCUGUCGGCCACUGCGAAGUUGAUGUCCCUGUCGCCGGCUUCACCCCGAAGUUCAUGGAUAUCGACGCCCGCUCCCGUCGCCUCCAAUCCCCACACGCUACUGCACCCGUCCGACGCGGUUCCGCCCCCAAUAUCACAGGCUUCGCCCGAACUCGUGAAGGAGGUCCGUCGCGCGGCGAUGGGCGUGUCGCCGACUGCCUCCCGCGCACCAGUUGCCGCAUUCUGCCUGACAGGAGCCAGCGGCUGCACGUGUUCGAGUGGUGGCAACAGCGGCGGCUCCGCGGGUCCGAGCAGUGGGAACGCGCGAACCUCCCCGUCCUGCGGCCAAGCUCGCCAGCGAUGAGCGCAUUGGACGGCACUCCCGAGUUCCGUCAUCGGAAGGACGGGGAGGUCUCUCCGAACGAGUGGCACUCGCCCUCGCCCCCUGCAGUGCUCACCGCUGCCGCGGGCACUUCCUCCCCCGCUCCUGUCCUCCUCUGCCAACGCCAAAAUCCGCGGAUGGCAUUCCAGACCUCGGAUGGACGCCCCUCGUCUGACGGCACGAUGCGGGUCGCGGAAGCGUCGCCGCCGCCCCACGACGCGCGCAAGCUGCACUCGGACUCGUCGCCAUCGUUGCUGUUAACGUACGACCCCGACCCGACCCGACCCGGAGUGUGA